GGGAGUAACUCGAGAGGUUCGGCUUUGAGCCCAGACAGGGCUGGGUGAGUUCUGCUCUUUUAUCUGCAGAAGAAUCAAGGCACCUCAGUUCCUUUUCCAGCGAGGUCACGGCAGCUCCCCAAAAGUAAAACAAUACUUUAAUGUAAUACAGAUUGUAUACUAUGGAUGAGAACCGUGACAGUUUAUGAUGUCAGAAACUUCUCUUAGACCAAAGCUGUCUUCCACAAAGGUAACAGAUUGGGUAGAUCCAUCAUUUGAUGAUUUUUCAGUGAAUGCAGGCAUCUCUACUAUCAUUGCCACAUCAGUAGGUGUGAAUAAUUCAAGUCGCAGAAGAAAGAAAUUUCCUAGCACAUUAAGAAAUGGCAGAUUACCUACUGGAAAGAGAAAAUUAUCUUCCUCAGAACAGAUUUAUGGUCUGGAAAAAUUAAAAGAACAUGUUUCUGAAAAUGAACCAUGGGUGGAUAAAUACAAACCAGAAACUCAGCAUGAACUUGCUGUGCAUAAAAAGAAAAUUGAAGAAGUUGAAAACUGGUUAAAAGCAGAAGUCUUGGAAAGGCAUCCCAAACAGGGUGGAUCUAUUUUAUUAAUAACAGGUCCUCCUGGAUGUGGAAAGACAACCACUAUAAAAAUACUCUCAAAGGAAUAUGGUAUUCAAGUUCAAGAGUGGAUUAACCCAGUUUUACCAGAUUUCCAAAAAGAUGAUUUCAAAGAGAUAUUUAAUCCUGAAUCAAGCUUUCCUAUAUUUCCCUAUCAGUCUCAGGUAGCAGUUUUUAAAGAGUUUCUUAUAAGAGCAACUAAGUACAGUAAAUUACAGAUGCUUGGAGAUGACCUAAGAACUGAUAAGAAGAUAAUUCUGGUUGAAGAUUUACCUAAUCAGUUUUAUCGAGAUUCUCAUACUUUACAUGAAGUUGUAAGGAAUUAUGUACAGAUUGGUCGAUGUCCUCUGAUAUUUAUAAUAUCUGACAGUGUUACUGGGGACAACAAUCAAAGAUUAUUGUUUCCCAAAGCAAUUCAAGAAGAGUGUGCUAUUUCAAAUAUUAGUUUCAAUCCUGUGGCUCCAACAAUUAUGUUGAAAGUUCUUAAUCGGAUAAUGACAAGAGAAGCUAAUAAGAGUGGCGGUAAAGUUAUUGUUCCUGAUAAAACUUCUCUAGAAUUGCUUUGUCACGGUUGUUCUGGUGAUAUCAGGAGUGCUAUAAAUAGUCUCCAGUUUUCUUCAAAAGGACACAACAACUCAAGGACAAGGAAAAUAGGAGUAUCUUCAUCAAAACUAGAUGUGCUGACAAAAUCUAAAAGAAGCAAAAGAACUGAUGUUAUUGAAAAUCAUGAGGUUCAAACUCUUGGUGGCAAAGAUGUUUCUCUCUUUCUCUUCAGAGCUUUGGGAAAAAUACUAUAUUGUAAAAGAGCAUCUUUAACAGAAGUAGACUCGCCGCGAUUGCCCUGCCAUUUGUCAGAGUAUGAACGGGAUACAUUACUUAUUCAACCUGAGGAAGUAGUGGAAAUGUCACACAUGCCUGGAGAAUUAUUUAAUUUAUAUCUUCAUCAAAACUAUGUAGACUUCUUUACGGAUGUAGAUGAUCUUGUGAGAGCCAGUGAAUUUCUGAGUUUUGCAGAUACCCUUAGUAGUGAUUGGAAUACACGCUUUUUACUCAGGGAAUAUAGCACAUCGAUAGCUACGAGAGGUGUGAUCCAUUCCAACAAAGCCCGAGCAUUUGCACAUUGUCAAGGAGGAGGAUCAAGUUUUCGGCCCUUGCACAAACCCCAGUGGUUUCUAGUAAAUAAAAAGUACCGAGAAAAUUGCCUGGCUGCAAAAGCACUUUUUUCUGACUUCUGCUUACCAGCUUUAUGUCUCCAAACACAGUUGCUGCCAUACCUUGCUUUGCUAACCAUUCCAAUGAGAACUCAAGGCCAGAUUUCAUUUAUCCAGGAUAUUGGAAGACUUCCUCUGAAACGACACUUUGGAAGGUUGAAAAUGGAAGCACUAACUGAUAGAGAACAUGGAAUGCUGGACCUUGAUAGUGGAGAUGAAGCUCAAUUUCUUAGUGAGCCUGCAAAGGAAGCUUCCAAUGAUCCAACUCAAGGCACUGACCUGGAAACCUGCUUACUUCCCUUGAGUCAGAAUAGUGGAAGUGAUCUUCCUGCCAGCCAGCCUCAGCCCUUCUCAACCCUGGAAGAUAAGGAAGAAGAAGAAGAAAUGAUCAUAGAGGACUAUGAUAGCGAUGGGACGUAGAAGUCAUUCUGCUACUUGAUUGAUACUCACAUUUUUUACUCAGUGGUAAUUGAACAGAGAUAGACUUUUCAAGUGAUGUACAGUUUGUU